AUUGCGUCUGCGAUGGGCUGUACAAACACUGACGUCCUCAUACCGAUACAUUAUUGCCAAAUAGGCAAUUCGGAGUUAGGUGCCAAAGUUUCAGAAGUGCGUAGGGUCACAUUAUGUGGACACAAGUAUUUUAGCGCUCAACAGUUAAUCGUAGCCUUUUUGUCAUCUUGAAUUGGCAUGUCCUGCUUAACUGUCUCAUAUCAUCCCCGCGCCUUUCCCAGAGCUCUGUCCCAGAAUGUUGGACUGACGGCGGCAGAAUGGCAUCAGCUGUAUUCGAAGGAACUUCUCUGGUCAACAUGUUUGUAAAAGAUUGCUGGGUUAACGGUAUCCGGAGGCUAAUCAUAAGUCAAAGAGGAGAAGAGGAGGAAUUCUUCGAGAUCAGAACCGAAUGGUCGGACAGAAACAUUUUAUACUUGCACAGGAGUUAUUCGGAUUUUGGGAGGUUAUUUAAAAGAUUGGUCGAAUCAUUUCCUGAGGACAGAAGAGAUCUCUCCAAGUCUCCACUUAUAGAAGGGUUGCUGAAGAUUAAAGAGGCGAACGACAUCGAGGUGAAACUCAAUGAGGUGGAGAGGCUGUUGAAGAAUGCCAUUAACCUGCCCUGGAAGUAUGCCAGGUCAGAGGUCAUGUUGACAUUCUUUGAGAGGUCACCGCUGGACCAGGUCCUGAGGAAUGACAACGUUCACAGGAUCCAGCCAUGCUUUCAGAGCCCCAUCAAGAUAUCAGAGAUCAUGCGGUCUAAUGGCUUCUGCCUGGCCAACACAGAGACCAUCGUGUUUGAUGACGGUCUCCCUCAGGACAAAGAGAGACCCUCCUCUACCGACUCUGCAGAACAACAGUAUGAGGACGGCACAGACUUCCUCCCCUUGGAGCCAGACAUCGAUGCAGACGAAGACACAGAGGCCUAUGUCACCAACCUAUCUUACUACCAUCUGGUGCCCUUUGAGACAGACAUCCUGGAGUGAGGCCUCCCUGCGGGAGCCCGGGUGGUCUGGGGAGGGGUGCUGGCUCCUGGCUGCGUGGAGGUCAGAGAGGAGCUCACGCUACCACCGUGUGUCACCCAGCUUGACGAACACCUGUCCAGGUGCUUGAGGACCUUGCUCACUGCUUAACGGCAGUUAUGUACUCUGCCAUCUGCAGUUGGCACGAUGCAUGUAUUAAACAUGGCUGCUUGGUCUGAGGUCAGGCAGCAGGCCUGGUGAAGCUCAGCAGCUGUGAGGCCAGGCGUGGUGGAAUUACUGGAGACUGUUAAAGGGAUAUUAUGUACGUUUGUAAGUUUUGGUCAAAUGUUCUAAACGUGAACUUUUGUGAUGACACCAGAGUGCCUCGUCGUGACAGUAGAUGAAUGAGACGGUUUGUUUACUUCUCUGUGAAAUGCUGGGUUAUGUCCUUUCCCCCUAUCACCUUGAUUAAGUGUAUUUGAAAAGCAAAGGUCACAAGAUCAUGAGAUGCAUAUUUUCUACAGGAUGAGAACUUUGGUCUACCCUUAUUUGUGAUUUAAUGGGAAAUUCAGACCUCCUUUUUCUUUGAUUGGAUGAAACUUCAUACUCCCUAAUUGUAAUUGGAUGGGAAAUGUAUUUGAUAUCUCAAAUGGAAAAUUUGAUUUUGAUGCAUUGUCAGGACAACGGAUCAGGCUAUGGAAACAUUUUAUAUUCAAAAAGUAAAAUUUACAAAAAUGUGUAACUGGUUGAAUCAUCUCAGCAUUGAACAUCUCUGAGGACCUCUACAGGAAGGUGGAGUAAUGGAGGUCAAGCCUGGCCCUCUCUGACCCCUGGUGAUGUAACAGCUCAUGUGAGCUGACCAGGCCACUCCAGACAGCUGACUACAGUGUGGGAGUCGUCAGCCCUGCCUCUCCACAGUAGCAAACAAGUACUCUCUUUAUCGAAAGAAAACAAAUGGAGAAGGCAGGAUGAACACAGGGAAAUUGUUAAAACCUGAAAGUAACAUUCAAGUGUUUUGUCUUGGUGCAGUAACAUAGAAACAUUCAGUCAUGCAACUUCAGCUAAGAACAGCCCCCAGGCCUUAUCUAUGGCAUCAUCAAGAAUCCAUCUUUUGAAUCAGUGGGACAUGGCAUGUGUUCUCUCUCUCUCUCUCUCUCUCUCUCUCUCUCUCUCUCUCUCUCUCUCUCUCUCUCUCUCUCUCUCUCUCUCUCUCUCUCUCUCUCUCUCUCUCUCUCUCUCUCUCUCUCUCUGUCUGUGUCUCUCUGUCUCUCUCUUUUGUCUCUCUCUCCCUUGCUCUCCAUAUUCACAAGUCUAACAAAAGUAAAUAAGCAAUGAAUUGAACAUGUGUGUAGUCAGAAGGAUGUCCAGCUGACUGCACUGUUCUCUGGGCAGUGUUGGCUGCCGUGUUGUGUUUGCAGGAGUGACUAGUGAAUCUAUUAUGUGAAUCACUGUAGCAGUAGCCUUUAGUCCUCAGGCUGGAACAGAGCAGUCUUCCUCUUCACUGUUCUGCAGCCACAGGAGUCAACCCCCUCCUGAAUAGCCGAACCCUGAAACACCCCAAGACUUGGCACAAGGGAAUCCACCAAGACUUGCCUUUCGUUCAAGUCUAUUUAGCAACACAGUCAUGCCCCCUCUUCAACCCGUGAGAAAGUACAGCUCUUUCUCAGCAUUUGAAACUAUUCCUCUCCUUUGUGUCUGACAUGUUCCCUGUUCUCUGUUCUAAGGCCGUAGGCCAGCAGUAGGCACAUGCUAUAGAGGAGAUGCUUUUGGAGACAUUAUGGUAAUAUUGAAAAAAUGGCAUGAUCAGUCACUGCUGCCUCUAUGAAACCCAACAUAAAUAACUGUACUCGUCUUAGUUAGCCUCAUUCUAAAAAUGGACUGGAUAGACAUUCCGGAACUUAUGGACUCAUGAAGGACCCUGUGCUUGUCAACAUGGUACUCAGCCAAAUCUGUGGCCUACCCAAUCAAAUACCAAUCACAGGAACGUAGUAGUUUGUGUGACCACAAUGUCAAACAUGGGUGUGAUAAUUUGAAAGAGGGUGUGUUUUUUACAAUGUGAGUAUAAUUUAAUAUGAAGUUAAAGAGGUUAUUUAUUUUUCUAGUCACACUGCUUGACACUCUGGCUGUUGUGUACUAAGCUAAUUGCUGCUCUGCUUAGAAACUACUUGUUGAUAUGCUUACGGCCAGAUGGGAACUGAAUCCUGGUCAGAAAACAUAAUAUGUAUUAUUUCUGGACCUGAAAAAUAUACGCUCAGUGUUAUCAAAUGUCAUGCCUAUUUAGAAUCUUCUACAUUUUGCUGGUCAUUGGCUGUAUGUAACAACUCUAUUAAAUGUGUUAUUUCUUAUGAA